AUGGACCCGACCAGUACACGCGCAUCCAGCAUACAGUCAGUAGGCCUCGAGCCAGUACCGCCAACUGCAACGCCCAGUCUCACCAUCAAGGCGGAAAAGUCUCCAAUCACAAAAGCCGACAUUGAGCAUGCACCGGUCCUGGACGAUCCUCGUAAAUGGUCGCGGGCUCGCAAGACAUCGAUUCUGUUCGUUAUCUCCUUUGCCUCCGCUAUCGCUGGAUUAGGCACGUCCUUCCCGGCGAUUCAACAAAUCGAAAAGCAACUACAUGCCUCAGCCGGACAGAUCUCUCUCAGCCUCUCUCUGUUCAUUCUCGUGCAGGGUGGCGCACCUCUGUUCUGGGCUGCGAUGUCCGAGAUCAAGGGCCGAAAGAUGAUCUAUAUUGUCGCCAUUGCCCUGAAUCUCGUUGGUUGCAUUUGCGUCGCCACCGCGAAGACGAUCCAGCUUGUCAUCGGCAUGAGGGUCGUCCAAGCAGCUGGGUCGAGCGCCGUCAUGGCCAUUGGAGCUGCCACCCUUGCGGACAUCUACGAACCCUCCGAACGAGGCACCAUGAUGGGAAUAUACUACACCGCCCCUCUCCUAGGGCCCUCCCUCGGCCCCAUCAUCGGCGGUCUGUUAACCCAAUUCUUCAAUUGGAGGGCGACCUUCUGGUUCAUGGUCAUCUUUGCCGGCCUAAAUCUGCUCUCUUUCGUCUUCAUCUUCAAGGAUACGUUCCGGCGCGAACGGAGCCUCACGUAUCAACAGGUCCUGCGCAGGCUCGAGCAGGAGCGCUCAGCAGCCUCCACUGCCGCGAACAGCAAGCGGGCCAGCCAGGUGACGCUCAGUCCGGUGAAACGGUUGGACGAGAUCACGCUCUCCCUCAAGGACGUCAACCCGAUCGGCCCCGUCUUCAUGGUCCUCCGCCGCCUCAACAACUUCACCAUCCUCUUCGCAUCUGGCCUCAUCUUCUCUUUCAGCUACAGCAUCUCCUACACCUGUGCCCGCACGCUCGGGAACAAAUACGACUUCGACGCGCUUAAGAUCGGCCUCACCUUGCUCGCGUACGGGAUCGGCUCCAUCGCGGGCAGCAUCUUCGGCGGGAACCACUCGGACCGCACGCUCGCGCGCAUGAAAGCGCUCAACGGCGGGCGUUCCGCCCCGGAGAUGCGGCUCGCAUCGACCAAGCUCGGAUUGCUCGGGUUACCCCCCGCGACGAUCGCGUACGCGUGGAUCGCGCAGGAGCGGGUGCACGUUGCCGCCGUCUGCGUCACGCUUUUCUUCUGCGGGUUCUUCAGCAUCUGGGUGUAUUCGAGCACACUCGCGUACCUCGUCGAUGCGAACGCGGGUAGGAGCUCGACCGCUGUCGCGGCCAACAGCUUCUAUAGGGGUUUGUUUGCGUUCAUCGCGGCCGAAGUUGCGGUGCCGCUGCAGAACGCGAUAGGCGACGGGGGGUUGUACACGCUCUGGGCUGGGCUCACGGUGCUCACCGCGUUCCUCAUUCUUCUUGUGCUGUGGAAGGGUGGACAGUGGAGAGAGGCAGCCGAGAAACGCGAGGCGAGAUCCCCUUAG